AUGGGCAUCCAAUACGUCUUCGAUUUCCUCACCUACGGACGACAUCUGUCCAGCGACCGUAUCCCGCAAAGAUUGACGAGAAGACUGACGAUUCUAUAUGCUCUCGCUGCUGGGUUCACGUCUGCAAAUCUGUCGUACAAUCAGCCGAUAUUGAACAUUCUGGCCGAAGACUUCCAUGUCUCGCUGUCGCAGAUUGGCAAUGUUCCGGCCCUGGCUCAGGCUGGAAAUGCCAUCGGCCUGCUUAUGAUUCUUCCGUUGGCGGAUUAUUUCCCACGCCGAAGCUUUACUUUGAUAUUGAUGGCUCUCACGACCAUUUUCUGGCUAGGAAUAUGUGUCUCAAAUGGAUACACACCAUUUCUUACAUUCACGUUUCUUUCGGCCUUGUUCACUCCUGUCACGCAACUGUUGCUGCCACUGGUGUCCGAGCUGAGUGAUUCGGCAAAUCGUGCAUUUAACCUGUCAAUCAUGAGUACUGGUCCCACGCUAGGGAUAUUCAUCGGACGAGUGAUAUCUGGCAUCAUCGCAGAUCAUCUCUCAUGGCGCUACGUCUACUGGAUGGCUCUUGGGCUUCAAUCACUGGUGCUUUCCUUGCUCCUGGUUUUCAUGCCCGAAUACGGAUCCCUCAAUUCAUGUUCCGGAAGAGAACUUCUCAGAAAGUAUCCUAAAAUUCUCUGGUCGAUUCUUGCCCUUUACCCCAAACAUCCUGUUCUCGUCCAGGCCGGUUUACUGUCGUUUUCGACCUUCUUUGCUGUAUCAUCGUUCUGGACUACGGUCACCUUUCUGCUCUCCGAGCCUAACUAUGCAUAUACCCCGAGCCAAAUUGGUCUUCUGGGUCUCAUUGGUCUUGCAACCAUGGCUGCUGCUCCGCUAUGUGGCAAAUACCUGGUUCAUCCACUUGGCGAGCCCUUAUUUUCUGCAGCGGUUGGGAAGGUUGUGAGCCUCAUCGGUGUUGUACUGGGGACUUUCCUGGGCACGCAUUCGAUUGCUGGCCCAAUCCUGCAGGCAGCGCUGCUCGACAUUGGUUUGGUGAUUCUGCAGAUUUCAAAUCGGGUCGCCAUUCAUCCCAUUGAACCACAGAUGAGGAACAGGGUGAAUACGGCGUUCGUGAGCGUUUUGUAUCUGGGUCAGCUCGCGGGAACCAAGGCAGGUAGUGUCAUAUACUACUCAAGUGGUGGGUGGGUGCCAACAGGAGCGGUCAGCAUAGGAGUACUUGUAGCCGGCUUUUUCAUCAUUGGUGCAAGAGGCCCGAAUGAGCUUGGUUGGAUUGGUUGGCAUGGAGGAUGGAAGUCGAAGCAGGGAUAA